CCCACAAGCCGGUGAAAAGGACUGUAAACGCUACUGCCAUUUGGCGCAGUUAAAAAUACAUGAACUUGCAUAGCGUCCUUUACAGAAUUUCCCGUCUUUGUUGUAAUUUUACUUUAUUUUAACAUCGUGUUUCGGUUUAGUGUUUUUAUACAGAUAUCAAAAUGAGUUCAAUCAACGUAAAAAAACUGAAAGUAAACGAGUUGAAGGACGAGCUGAAAAAGCGUCAGCUGUCGGACAAGGGGUUGAAGGCCGAGUUGAUGGACCGGCUGCAGGCCGCGCUUGACGAAGAGGCCCUGGCUGGAGAUUCUCCCCUUGGGCUGGAGGCCGCGGAGGGAGACAGCCCGGAGGGGGGAGACGACGACGACGCCGCCGCCGCUGAUGACCAAGAGGACAUGGGGGAAGAUGAAGACGAGGGCCCGGUCGAAGAAAGCAUGGAAGCCAACGAGGAGGAAGAGAAUGGAAACGGAGAGGGAGACGCCGCGGUCGUGGACGAAUGCGAGGAGGAAGAGAACGCGGCCCAGGAGGACGAAGAAAUGGGUGAGGGAGAAGAGGAAGAAAUGGAUCCAAUGCUGAAGGAAGGUGUGGACGACAUGGAGAAAAUUACGUUGGAUGCAGAGGAUGGUGAGCCUGGAGACCAUCCAGCAGAGGGUGAGUCGCUGGUUCCGUGAUUUUUGAAAAUUAUUGGGCUGGGUGUCACAUGUUAUUGCUAACGUCGUUAGCCUAUAGUAUGUCGCCGGGUGCGUUCGCGAAAUUAGUUUCGUUGUAUAUUUGUUAGCUAGUUAACGUUAGUGUAGCUAGAAAAUUGGGUAAAUAUUGUUUAACUAGGUCCUACUACAUUAAGUCAGACCACCAUUGGGCUCACGCUUGAAUUACUUUUUUGCUGUUUGGGUGGUUAGCCUAGCUAGAUAGCAUAGUUAGCUAGCAUUCUUUUGUGUAGUUGCUAACUAGCAUGGCUAACUCGCGACGCUAGCAGACGGUGGACAAGAUUCGGCAGGUGCUGGUUUUGGUAGGUUAGUGGUUCUAACUACGACUUAGUAUUAUAAAUGUGUCUACAAACGGGUUCUAAUAAACUGGUCCUAGUAGAAAUGUAGCUAGCUAAAAGCAAACCGUUUGAAAACAGUAGUUAGGUAACUGAAUGAACAAGGAUUAGCUAGCUAGCUGUCAAGCUAACUAGUAAGCUAGCCGCGUAUGGCAUUGUGGGGGAAGGGGGUCAAUGGAGGAUAGUCUGCAGUUCAAUUUCGGCUUUCUUGGCUGACUUGCCGCAGUAAACCAUUGUAUUGACCCCAACAUCAGGGACAGAUUGACAAUGGUCUAUUUUCCCUACCCAUUUUAAUAACUCUAACCGUAGCUGGGUUAUUGUGCCCAUUUGACUAUUUUGUCGUGAUUGUUUACAUCUCUUUACAUUUGAUGUUCUGUAUUGUUGACCAGCUGCAAUGUAAUCAACCCUACUCCCUGGUCAAAACAGCUGUAGCCUUCUACUGUCUUUCUUCAACUUCAGAAAGCUAUGGGGUCCUAAUGGACAACAAGUUAGUCGUCUAUGUGGGCCCACCACAGCCACAGUGCGACCUAUCAAUAAAGGAGCACCUCAUUAUAUUCUUCUUUUAUUUCCUAAGGGGAUGCGGACAGAGACACGAAUGCUGAUCAGAAGAAUAAGAAGGGUGUUAAGAGACGCCGGGAGGAACAUGGAAGGGGCUACUUUGAAUUUAUUGAAGAGAACAAAUACAGCUGGUAAGGAUGGGAGACAAAAUGGCCUUCGGUAUGUCUGAAGCGCCAUCACAGCUAUGUGAACUGUAUUGGCUUUAAGCGCCAAUGCAUUAAUUAGCGCCAAAACCCUCACUUAACUAACUUUUGUCAACAUUAUGUAAAUUUCAUACAUGUUUGAAUUGAGGGUCAUCCCUGGCUUUUAAAUGAACCUUACCAUUAUUACAAAUGCAGUGCCCACAUACACCCCUUAUGGACUGCAUAAUGUAGUAAGAGAAAUGGACAACAGUUUAUGAAUUUUCUAUUGUUCCACAUUCACUCUCUUUGUGCAGGAAGGCUUAUUGUGUACACUGACAGGGUGACGCAAAGCUGCAAAAAAAAACAAACUAAUGGAAGAGUAGCAGAUGAUGGGUUGGGAGAGGUGGGGUGGGGGUCGCGUAAGGGCACACAAGGAUGUAGCACUUUUUUCCGGACGCUCGAAUUAGAGAUUGGUACUCUCCACUGACCGCUCAUUGUUCCUGCUCGCACUGUAUUGUCUUUUUUGAAUGUUUGUUUUUAUGUCAAAGUAUGUCUCUCUCCACCGUGUCAUCAUUAUAUUCAGUGUGGUUGAUUUUUUUUACAGGAAUGCUUUCUCACUCUACAGGUCACUUUAACCUAGCCCAGGACCUAAAAUAACUUCAAAUGGAGAUUCCCCAUUGAGUAUGCUAUUUAGUCCAGGACUAGGCUGACCUGUCUGGGAAACGACCCUCCCCCAUGUGUGUAUCUGGAACCCUAUUUUGUUUUCAUCGACCCAGUGAGCGGUUAUCUUGUCAUCUCAGAAUGUCACUCUAGCCUGUGUAAACAAAUAAAGGACCUGGUGGCUGAUCCUUUGACUGUGCAGCAGAGCCCCUUGUAGCUGUUGGCUAAACCACACACUAUACUGGCUUAUGCUCCUUGGUCUGACCAAUGUUGAGAUAGGCCAAUGGGUCUGACCCUACAGCACCAGUGGCCAUAGUAAGGACUGUGCAAGAUGACCAAGUACAGGUUUUGAUGCAAAGAUCGAAGAUCACUGCUGCAUUAUGGCGUUCCUCCUUUGCCGGAGGCAGGGUUUAGUUCUGCAAAUGCUUCAGUCUACAUUCUGUGGACACACUCAUCCUCAUGUUUUGAUACUCCUAGUCAAUAUUUCAAGGCUAGUUUCAUAAACACAACUUGGCAACAGCUUGAUUCUGGUUCUGAGUGCCUUUGUUGGUAAGUCGGUGUGGCACAACAUUUCCAAACAAGUUCAGCUUUUUAUCACUACAGUCGCUGGGUUAUUAGAAACUCUUGCCACACACAGUUGAAGCCCCUCUAGGCUACGUGGAGCUAGCUUGCGAGCCUCUGUCUGUUCCAAGACCACGAGGCAGCAGCUUCAUUUGACCUUUAGUGAGAGCAGCUCCACACACAGAGUUAAAUAUAUCCAGCAGCCCUUUAUACUGCAUGACCUUCCAGCAAUCUCCAAAGCCAUAAACACAGUUUCUGCCCAUAGUGAGGCCUAUUGGCUGUUAAUGCGUUUUAUAAUAAGAAAUAUAGCCCCAAGGACUAGUUUUAUUUUCAUUUUUGGCCAUUGCUUUGAGGCACCAGUGGACCACUGCAGGUAAGUGAUGCUGUUUCAUCAUGAUUGUCAAAACCAACAGACUCAGUAGCUUAAAUGUUGGAGUUCUAUUUGGUUCCAUUUCUGCCCAUAGUCUGAACUCUUUCCACUGCUAGCCCUCUCGGAGGUCACAACCGGAUGGCCGCCCUGCGAGUGCAUUCUGGUUCCGUGCGAAAAGUUCUAAAUCUCAGACGUUGUGGCUGACUGGCUGUGUGUUCUCUUUCAGGCCUAGUCUCAAGUCUCCACUACCACCCCUGGAGGAGGAAGAUGAGGAGUUUGACGAUACAACAGUCUGCCUGGACAACUGUGAGUCAUGUUUGGUGUAUACAUGGACAAACGGUGCUGGGUUUAUUUAAUCCCUCUACAAACACUUUUGCAGAAGUAAUGUGCCUACACCCAAUCCCAAAUCAACCCCUAGGCCCUACUACUGCCCCUAUGCACUUGUGAAGAUUAGCUUGCCAGAUUGCCUACACCUGUUCAAUAUUCUCAAAUCUCCGCUAGUGCAUAGCGGAUAGGGCCUAGGGGCCGAUUUUGGAUAUGACACUAGAAUCUAGACAUGUCAGGGGACUGAAAAGAGGGAAGUUACGUGUUUGUUUCUUUGUGUCCCAGAUAACUGCGACCUGCACUUCAAGGUGUCCCGGGACCGUUACAGCGCCUCCUCUCUCACCAUGGAGAGCUUUGCCUACCUGUGGUCUGGGGGCAGGGCCUCGUACGGGCUGUCCCAGGGCAAGGCCUGCUACGAGAUGAAGGUAAGGAGAAACGCUCGGCGUCUUUAGCCUAGCCCAGUUUUCAUUUCAUUAGUAAUUGGGAAUUCAUAACAUUCUGACCUCAGAAACCCAUUUAUCGUUUGUUAUAUCUCCAUUUUAUCAUUUUAAAUGCACCAGUAGAUUUUUCAUCGCCUGGUUGUGCUAUCAAAUGCCUAAUGUAGGCCAUUAUACUAUUUGCUGCUAACAUGACCAAUGUAAUAUUGUGCCUUCAGAUAACUGAGAAGAUCCCAGUGAAGCACAUCUCCAGUAAGAACAUGGAGGUCCAUGAGGUCCAGGUUGGAUGGUCCCUGGCUACUGGCAGUCUGCUCCUCGGUCAGUCUCCAAUGGGUUAUCCAGGCUCUGUCGCAGCCGGCCGCGACCGGGAGACUCAUGGGCGGCGCACAAUUGGCCCAGCGUCGUCCAGGGUAGGGGAGGGAAUGGCCGGCAGGGAUGUAGCUCAGUUGAUAGAGCAUGGCGUUUGCAACGCCAGGGUUGUGGGUUCGUUUCCCACGGGGGGCCAGUAUAAAAAAAAAAAAUGUAUUCACUAACUGUAAGUCGCUCUGGAUAAGAGCGUCUGCUAAAUGACUCAAAUGUAAAUGUAAAUGGGUAUGGUUUUUUUCCAAAAUAUAAUGGUUCUUAUGGGAUGUUGGCACCCUCUAGAGGUUGUUAGGGAGCAUGACAUGGAACUGGAACAUAGCCUGUGUGUCAGUUGUAUUUUGCAAGGCGACAAUGCAGUGUUAUGGAAUGAGUGCAGAAACACUGAACUCCCAAAAUAAUUUAAAUGACAAAAUUCUAGUUCUAAUUCUAGAGUUUUAGUUGCAUCACCUAUUCAGCUGUGUAUCAUGUCUGAUGUGAGUUAUAUUGCCAUUACAGGUGAGGAGGAGCAUUCCUAUGCCUACUCUGGCAAAGGCAAGAAAACCACCAAUUGCGUGACUGAAGAUUUCGAGGAGACUUAUGACGAGAACGACGUCAUCUGCUGCCUCAUCGUAAGAACUUUCUUCAUUUAUCCUUACUAGUUGCAAUAACGUAAUAUUCUUAAUGCACAGGCCGAUGAUUUAAAUGAAUAUUCAGACUUUCACGUGGUGUCAAGAAUUCCUCGUCAAUGAGGCCUGUCAAAAAAAACAAAGCAUUUCGAUUACAUGAUAGUCAAUGAUGUAAGUUGUCUGCAAUAUCCUCAGUUUAGGAAGUAAUCCUGUAUGUCCACAUAAACCCAUCAAAACCAACCAAUAACUUCGUUUUCUAUUGGGGGAUUAUACGUGUGGGAUGAGAACUUCCUUGUUGGUACCUAACAUUUUGAACUGUCAAUGCUAUAUUGUACAUUGAAACUACAAGCUGAAAAUCCAUAUUUAAAAAAUAAUCUAUUGCAGAACUUUGAGGGCGAGGAGGUGGAGAUGUCCUUUUCUAAGAACGGUAAUGAGCCAGUGGUGGCCUUCCAGGCCAGUAAGGAGUCCCUAGCAGGGAAAGCUCUCUUCCCCCACGUCAUCUGCCACAACUGUGCUGUGGAGUUCAACUUUGGCCAGAUGGACACGCCCUACUUCCCCCAACCAGAGGGCUACACCUUCCUGCAGCAGGUAGCCGUGGACGACCGUGUCCGUGGACCCAAGGCACCCGACACCAAGAAGGACUGCGAGGUAACUAUGGCAACCCAAAACAUCACUGGCAGUGAUUUGAUUGACACAAAGGCCUCCCUAGCAAUGGGAUCUAUCCUUAAGUUUAACAUGUAUAUUUCAGAAUAAACCGCUUGUAAAAUUUGUAUCAGAUAAUGAUUCACAUAUUUCUAGGGCCUUUUUCCUCAAACUCUGUUGAUUAUUGUAUGUGCAUAACUCCUUCCACCACUGUUACUGAUCAGUUGUGUGUGUGUUGUGGUAGGUGAUUGCCAUGGUGGGCCUGCCUGGCUCAGGAAAGAGCACCUGGGUCAACAAGCACAUCCAGGAGAACCCUGGGAAAUAUUACAUCCUGGGCAGCGACACCAUCGUGGAGAAGAUGAUGGUCAGUGUUAUACUAGGUCAUGGUGUUUCUAGCCCUCGGUAUUUUAGAACAGGUUCUCUCUGCACCCGUCUUACAAUGAGGUCCUAGUAGUUAACUUCCAGUCCUAUCCUAAUUGUUGUAUAAGCAGUCCCUGGUCCUAUCUUCACUGUAGGACUAUAUCCUGUCCUGCAUCUAUGUUGAAUCUUGUAAGUCUCUUACGCCAUUCAUUUUAAUGUAUGUAGAUUGGCAGCUUGAAGCGUCAGGCGAAGGACACAACAAAGCUCACGGCCAUUUCCCAGCGUGCACCUCUAUUCCUGGGCAAGUUCAUUGAGAUCGCUGCUCGCAAGAAGAGGAACUAUAUCCUGGACCACGUAAGGCUUGAUAUUCAAUCAAAUUCCAUCAUAGCCAAUGAUUUCUUACAAGUUGAACACUGACCUUUUAGUACUUAUUGUGAAUAGAAAAGUAGAUAUUUGAAUACACAUGGAACAUACAGUACAUACAGGUAAAAAUGUGUACAUCAUUAUAUAGUGUAGACAGAUCUUCGGCUAGUACUUAGUGCAUAAAGUGCCAACAAAGCAGCCCAAAUCAUCAUUAUUUAUAAUCACACAAUGAGUCAAUAUAAGUAAUUUCUCCUCCUUCCUCUGCCCAGACCAACCUGUCUGCCCCAGGCCAAAAGAGGAAGAUGUGUCUAUUUGCUGGGUACCAGCGGAAGGCUGUGGUGGUCUGUCCCUCAGACGACCACUACAAGGAGAGGGCCCAGAAGAAGGCAGAGAGCGAUGGCAAAGAAGUGCCCGAGCACGCUCUCCUCAAAAUGAAAGGUAACAACGUGAGAUGAGCUACUUUACUACUAAAACUGUUAAAAGUAGUCUCCUACUGUGCUAAAAAGCUAGUGACUUUACGUCUUUAGCACUAAUCCAAAAGCCUUCAGAAAGUUUGUAGGAAUACAUAAAGGGUACCCACACACGCACACUGAUAGUCUCCCAAAAACGAGUUUUGUUUUCAUGUAAGCAUGGCUAGCCCCUUUUAAGCUUUGCCCACUUGUGGCUGUCUGUAUCACAAGUGGCCAUAUCAGGGGGGCAGAGUGACCCUCUCUCCUAAACCCUGGGUCAGGGGCUGUACCCCUGCCUCUGGACCUGGCGGGAGGAACACAGCAACUUCCACACCAGCUCUCACCAUCACUACAAAUCUCGUUUUUGCUAUGAUGGACAUCAUAAGAUGGUGUUCUUAAGCUGUCCAUGAACACCAUCUCCUUGGCUCUUCCCUAGGAUUCUUCACCCUGCCAGAGGAGGGCGAGAGCUUCGCUGAGGUGAGCUACGCUGAGCUGCAGAAGGAGGAUGCCUCCAAGCUGGUGGAGCAGUACAAGGAGGAGAGCAAGGCGGCCCUGCCCGCUGAGAAGAAGCCCAACCAGGGGUCCUUGACCCCCAAGAGAGGAGGUGGUGUCCGGGGGGGAGGCAGAGGCAAGAACCAGUUCAACCGCGGAGGUGGACCCGGCCAGAGAGGAGGUGGACGAGGUGGCUUCCAGCAGAGGGGCAACUUCAGAGGAGGUGGGGGUCAUGAUUGUUGGCCAUAUUGGUCAGAUGAUUAGGGUUUUGGCAUGGCAGGUUUUGACCCUGUUUUUAGCCUUGCUAAAUUGCUAAAACUUUCCUUGUUUCAUCUGCAAUGAUCUGAUAGGACUGGACAGGUGAAGGCAAAUCAAACCUCUUGAUGGGCCUCUGCCCUUUCACUUAAGUUUUUCCUGUAGUUAUUAAAUAGUGGAGAUGAGCACAAAAUUAGGAAGCCAUUUUAGAUCAUUAAGAUUCAACCCCAGUCUAACCGAUGUCCAUGUCUGCCUCCACCCAGCUCCAGGCCCACGUGGUGGGUUCACUCGCCCCCCUCGAGGGUUCAUGCCCCCUCCAGCAUUCAGAGGUGGAUUCGCCAACCGGGGCAACUUCAACAGGGGCGGCGGACUCAUGGCCCCCCAGGGAGGGGCCCCAAGAGGGGGACCAAUGAGGGGCCACAGGGGUGGAGCCAUGAACAGAGGCGGUCCUCCAAUGAGCCGAGGAGGCGGAGGUCACAUGAGCCGAGGAGGCGGAGGUCACAUGAGCCGAGGAGGCGGAGGUCACAUGAGCCGAGGAGGCGGUGGAAACAGGGGCAACUUCAACCAGGUGGGAUUGGUCGCAGCAAUGGAGAAUUACAAGUUGGCUUUACUUUAUUUGGGUAACCCUCUAUAGAAGUUGUGUAGAUGCUGACCGUGACAACUCGUUGAUAUUCAGCAAUUUGGUAAGAUUAGAGUUGGUUAGUUGAUACAUUACAUUUAUAAACCAUCUUUAGGGAACUAUCCAAAUAAGGUGUUAUCAAAAAGUUAUUGCUAUAAUUGUGUAUUUACAUUUUAAAAUUUUAGUCAUUUAGCAGACGCUCUUAUCCAGAGCGACUUAGUUAGUUUAUUAGCGAGAUGUUAAUACGUUUUCUUGUCUCUCUCCCCAGGGGUUCCAGCCCAGAGCAGGCAACAGCCGUGGGAAUUUUGGCAACAAGAAUGGCAGCGGCGGAUUUGGGGGCAGCAGGAAUGGUGGAGGACGUGGCGGGGGAUUUGGGGACAACAGGACCGGUGGAGGACGUGGAGGAUUCGGCAUGGACAAGGCUCAGGCCUUCAACCAGAGCUGGCAGCAAGGGGUGAGUCUCUGUUUUGAGGUCAAAGGGAAAUCCUAGCUUGUUAGCCUUGUACUGCAAUUGAAUGUGUCCUCCCAUGUUUGUAGUUUUUUUUUUUCUCUCACACUAUGGCUGUGUUUACACAGGCAGACCAAUACUGAUCUUUAUUCACUAAUUGGUCUUUUGCUAAUAACUGGGCAAAAGAUCAGAAUUGGACUGCAUGUGUAAAUGCAGCCAGGGUCUAUAGAGCCCCACUGUGGAGGUGUCAUAAAACCUAGCGGUCAAACAGGGAAAUGGUUCCAAUAGUUUUUCCACCAUUCAUAUUUCCCAUAGGGGAUUUUAGAAACACUUAAAAUAAGGGCUGUGUUUUGUGUAGGCUUACCCUGGCGUGAUGUUUUGAUAACCGUGUAAAUCUCUCUAGGACAAGGUGACUUUUAUCAAUAUAUUCGGCUCUAUUUACGGAUUCGAAAAUGCUAAUUAGCAUCUAAGUAGACGACAUGCAAAACUACAAAUCCCUGCAAGCUCCUGCACGUCAUAUCUACCUGACACCUUUGCUAACAGGGAUUGUCAAUUUAAAACCUGCACAAAACAGUUAACAGUAUUGUCAAUUUAAAGAAAUGUUAAUCACUUUAUUUAGCUAACAUUAGAUAGUUAAUCCAGAGAUUCUUACCUUUGCCUUGUUUCGGCAGUCUCUUCCAGAUCAUGGCAUUUGUAGUUCUUUAUGAUAGCCACAUUUGCAGAUAAUUAGCAUUUCAUUUUUGGGGGUAAAUACAUGCAAAUAUAUUGAUAAGUCACCUUGUCCUAGAGAGAUUUACACGGUUAUCAAAACGGCACGCCAGGGUAAGCCUACACGAAAUAGUCCUUAUUUUAAGUGUUUCUAAAAUCCCCUAUGGUAAAAAUGAAUGGUGGAAAAACAAUUGGAACCUUAUUUCUGGCUAUAAGGUGAAUGGACCAAUUUGUAAGUCAUUCUGGAUAAGAGCGUCUGCUAAAUAAUGUAAAUGUAAUUUCCCUGUUUGACCGCUAGGUUUUAUGGGUAUUGUGACUAUUCAUUCUGGAUGGUGGUGUAUACUUUGAGGCUGAGAACGCAAACUGGGGAAGUUUGCAUUGUCAGGCCUAGUGUCACUUUUUAAUAGUUUUUUUUUUUUUUUUUUUUUUGUCUGCAUCUAAUUUUCUUUCUGUGUCCCCAGUUUUGGAACCAGAAACCAUGGAGCCAGCAGUAUCAGCCAGGAUACUAUUAA